CUGUCAAGUUGCAUAUGGUCGGUCGGGAAAGGAUUGCUUUCAUUAGGUGGAAAAUAUUUAUAAAAUUGUUUUAACCACAAACAGUAUUGUACUUUCAUUUUAGACAUUUUUAUAACUAUCAUAAUAUUGUUUUGCUUCACAACAACAACCAUAAAUGUCGUCUGAUAUGAAAUAAGGAUGAAGCUAUUAGCUCUUCAUCUCACACGUAACAUUUUAUUUAUUAUUUGUAGUUCAUGAAAGACAAUGGAAUACAAAAAAUAAUGUCAUGUGAAAGAAAGGAAAAGGAAAUGUCUGAGCGACAUAUCCUAGAGCGGGCACUCGGAGAGAGCGCCGUGCCAGUGCCAGUGCCGAGCGUGCGGCCCAGGCUGCCUCGUCACUGGAAGGAAUUUGUGUGUGGAGGGGGGGCAGCAUUCUGUAACAUACUCAUAAGCUAUCCUCUAAAUAAACUCAUAUUUAGACAGAUGAUGCAUGGAGUCGAAACACAGUUUGCCUUUCACCAGUUGCGAAAAGAAGGCCUGCCCUUUCUAUACCGUGGAAUGCUACCUCCUUUGAUGCAAAGGUCACUUUCAAUGUCCCUAAUGUUUGGAGUGUAUGAUGAAUGCCUACAACCAUUGUUAGAAAGCAAAGUGAAUCCAUAUGUUGCAAAGACGUGUGCGGGCUUUAUUGCAGGCUGCUUUGAAGCAACUCUCAUGCCUUUUGAGAGAGUACAAACACUACUGAUUCAUCCAAAGUACCACAAAAAGUUUAAGAAUACUGCUGAUGCAGCCACUCAUAUUGCUAAGCACUAUGGUAUUAAGGAAUUCUACAGAGGAUUAAUGCCCAUAUUACUUAGGAACGGUCCCACCAAUGCAUUGUUUUUUAUAAUUCGGGAUGAAGUAAAGGACAGGCUCCCUAAACAAGAACGAGCACUCUACCAAGGCUUACAGAACUUCUUAGCUGGAGCAACAAUUGGUGCUCUGCUCAGUACACUCUACUACCCUUUGAAUGUAAUUAAAAUAGCAAUGCAGUGUCAACUUGGUGGUCCCCACAGGACAGUAAGAUAUCAAUUUAAUUAUAUUUUGCACAUGCGAGGCUCAAAGUUCGCCAACUUCUACCAUGGAGCUUUACUAAACAUCUCUCGUGCUUUUCUAAGUUGGGGCAUCAUAAAUGCCUCAUACGAAGUUUUCCGAAAGUUGUUAUAUUCCUAGUCAACUUGUUUUAUUGUGUACAGACAUUUAUUUAUUUGUUUCAGAGAUGUUAUGUUAAAUCAAAUUGUUAUUUAUAUUGUUUAAAAUAUGUAUAUUUCUUGGAAUACACAUAGACAGAUAAGCAGUAAACAAUUUGAGCACUAUAAUGACAAACAUGAAUCUUUUUCUCUGUUUUAUCAUGUCAACAUAAUCUGUAUUUUGUACAUAUGUAUAUAAUAUGUGGUAACCAAAUAUUGAAAAUCCAAACUUAUCAAUGUUUUAUAUAUAAUUGCUAUGCUGUUUAUGAAAUAUUUCAAUUCAAUGCCGAUAAAUUUAAAUUAAUAUAUUUUUAUAGCUAAAUCUGUUGAAUCAUGCAAAAUAUUGCUUCUGUCGAACAUUUGGAUCUUAAAAAAAACAAUUGUAAUUCUAAAAUAUUCCACCUCUGCCUGUAUGUAUAAGUUGUGAGGAUAUCUGAAAGGAUCAGGGGUAAAUCUGUAAGUGCGAUUAUAGUUAAUUUAUUGUAAACAUUAUUUUUAAGUAGACAAAGUUGAUUUAUACAUUUGGAAGCAUUUAUGAAUGUUAUUAUUACAUGUGUGGCAUGUUAUGUUAUACUUGUUCCCGCAACAAUACAGUGUGCAAUAGUUCAGUCGAUGCUUGUAGUGCAUUGCCAAUAUAUUAUGAUUUUACAGUAUUUUAUGUGUCUGUAGUUAAACCCAAAUACAUAACAGUAUAUUGAUCUGUGUUAUACAUAUAAUAGCUGAAUUAAUUAAUGUAGGUACCCACCUAUCUGCGCAAGUUAUUCUAAAAGAAAUAAAUGCAAUGAAAUAAAAUA